UUAUCUAGAAAUACCUGAACCUCUGAUAUAUAUACAUUUAUAUAUAUCAGCGUAAAUCACAAGAAAAACAUAUAUGAACAAUCCUUAUUAGGACAUGGUCUUUUGUCAUUGUCAAAAGACUACAUUAUGAGUAAAACAAAAAAGCUAUUACAUCCCGGAUAUUGAAUUGUACCCGAAAAGGAAUAUAAAAUACAAAACCGAGAUAAUGGUGAAUCAGUUUUACCUUUGCAGCUGCCUGUGUUUCUGUGAGUAAGUCUGGAUUUAUGACCUACUGGAGAGUCAGAAAGUGGAGAAAUACAGUGAUGUAAUGCAGGAAAGUCAAACGGACAGAGCUCAGAAAUGGAAGGACUCUGGGUGGGGGGCAUCUCAUUCUGCUUUGGUCUUUUCACUGUUUACCAGAUCGCAGAUGCUCAGAGUUUACACUGACGGAAAAACAGUCGUUGUUUUUGUCUAUUUUGAACUCACAUUUCCAGUGAGCAUACCUAAAAAUAUUCCUGACUUCUGUCUCCUGCGUCUCAGGCAUGUCCGUAUAUGGUCACAGUGAUCAUUACUCGAUUCAUGUUUUAUCGUAGGCCCCCUUCAGAACAUUCCCACCCUCUCAGCCCUGGAGACACAAAACAGAGGACUGGAAGCUGCGUCUUCUCUGCUUCAGUGAGGUUUCACAGUUUUCCUGCAGGUCUAAGCUCAAAACCAGCUUGGUAAGGAUCCCGGCCCCAGAAGGCCUUUAAACCCUGACCUAAGCUAGUAUUCAUGGCUGGAUUUUCUUUUCAGUCAAGCUGACAAUAAGCCGUGUAUUAUUGCUCCUUCAUGAGGAGGAAAGUUCUCUAGAGGUGUCAUUUUCAUCCCCAAAGCUGCCCUGAGGGAUAGCCGCGUUUGGGUUCAGCUCCACUGCCUGACCUAAUGUGGGUCUGCUGUUUGAAAUCCCGCUCCAAUGGUUUGUGGCGUACCACCUGCUGAUUCUGCUGGUGUGCAUGGACAGCCUGGAGCCCAGAACUAACCUAGAUAGACAACAUGUCCCAUCCCAUCCUCAGAAACUACAAAUAGACACUGUAAGAACAAUGCAAGUUAUGUCUCAACCAGAACAAGCCAGUCAAGUCUGGGAAGUUAGCGCAAUCCUAAAAACUCCACCUCAUACAGAAGACAGCUGCACUAAGAGGAUUUAUUUCUUCUGAAAGAGAUAGCCUGUGAAAUAAAAUGAAGCCUAUGGGCGUGCACAUAUAUGCGCAUGCACUUGAUGAUAGCAAAUUCCCUAUUUGGAUUAUUUUUCUGCCUUCUCAGUACUGCUUGAUGGUAUUUUUUAAUACCGAUAUCCUCUUUCCAGUCUGUUUGGGCUUCUAAUUCCCUAAAAAGUCCCAACUUGACAACUACCUCUUUGUGACAGAGAGCUCUGUGUAUCUGAGUUGCAAGGAGCAAUAGAGGAAAUUAAGGAUGCAUUGAUUUUCUGAGCUCAGAGAGAAACGUUAAUUUUAAUUAAUGUAAUUAUUGUGUCACUCCCUUUCACAUCUUCCCGCUGAACUUGCAAAACUAAUACUGUUUCCACUAGGAUUAAAGUCUUACUGGAGAUAUUUUGCUAAAUCUUUGCUUUUACUUUGAACUCACCCUGUAUAACCUUGUUUCUCUCUUCCCGUCUCCUCAUUUUGCAGAGUCUGUGAGCAAGUGAGAGAGGGACACUGUCUGCCCCACUGUCCAGUGACACCAUGAGCUGGAGCUUCCUCACACGGCUGCUGGAGGAGAUCCACAACCACUCCACCUUCGUGGGGAAGCUGUGGCUCACCGUGCUCAUCGUCUUCCGCAUUGUUCUCACUGCCGUUGGGGGAGAGUCCAUCUACUACGACGAGCAGAGCAAGUUUGUGUGCAACUCGGGCCAGCCAGGCUGCGAGAACGUGUGCUACGACGCCUUUGCCCCAUUAUCUCAUGUCCGUUUCUGGGUGUUCCAGAUCAUUUUGGUGGCGAUGCCUUCUCUUAUGUACAUGGGGUAUGCUGUCAAUAAGAUUGCACGAUUGGAUGAAGCAAAAGGAACCAUUGGAUCUGCUGGCAUCAGAGCAGCAGGAGGGGGCUACACCCACAGAAAACCCAGGAAAAUUUGUUUUGGAGCCCGCCAGCACAGAGGCAUAGAGGAGACUGAGGAGGAUCAAGAGGAUGAUCCUAUGAUCUAUGAGGUGCCAGAGAUUGAACCACCGAAAAGGCCUCGAGAUCCACUGCAGCCAACACCUAGACCUAAAAUCCGUCAUGAUGGGCGUAAGCGCAUCCGAGAUGAGGGCCUGAUGCGGGUCUAUGUUUUGCAGCUGGUGACUCGAACAGUGCUGGAGGCGAGCUUCCUUGCAGGCCAGUAUUUGCUGUACGGUUUCCGUGUGAAGCCGAUUUUUGUAUGCUCGGGUAAACCUUGCCCCCACAGUGUCGACUGCUUUGUGUCGCGUCCUACGGAGAAAACCAUUUUCCUCCGAAUCAUGUAUGGUGUCACUGUCCUCUGCCUCUCUCUCAAUGUCUGGGAAAUGCUCCAUUUGGGCAUCGGUUCUAUCUGUGACAUUCUGCGGCGCCGGCGAAGCCCACCUCAGGACGAUGAGUAUCAACUGGGCUUGCUGGGCACUAAUGCCGGUGGCGAGGGCUCUGUUGGAGGAACAGCUCCCGAGGCCGGUUCUGAGGGUGGGGUAGGUGGAGAUGGUGCUGCAGAUUAUGUUGGGUAUCCAUUCUCAUGGAACACCCCAUCAGCUCCACCGGGGUACAACAUUGUUGUAAAGCCAGAACAAAUGCCGUACACGGACCUUAGCAAUGCUAAGAUGGCAUGCAAGCAGAACAGGGCAAACAUUGCCCAGGAGGAACAGCAGCAGUUUGGCAGCAAUGAGGACAAUUUCCCCACUGGAGGAGAAGCCCGUGUGGCUCUCAACAAAGACAUGAUCCAGCAAGCUCAUGAGCAACUGGAAGCAGCCAUCCAAGCCUACAGUCAGCAGCACCGGGCAGAGGAGCAUCUAGGAGACAACCAGGAUGACAAGCCGCAGAGCAACAUCAUCCAAGCCCAACCACAGCCCCAGCUUCAACCUCAGAAAGAGCGCAAACACAGAGUGAAGCAUGGCAAGGGGGGCAGCAGUGGAGGAGGGUAGCAGCAGCAACAGCAGCAGCAGCAAAUCAGGAGAGGGCAAGCCCUCAGUAUGGAUUUAAGCCCACGCACAGUGGCAUGUUAGCAUGUAUAUAAUAUUGAAUGAAUGGGGAGCUGUUGCAACUUGUGUUGGAUAUUACACCACAUGCCUUAUUGAAUCCUGCAAGCUGGAGGCUAAUGUUUUUCUAUAGAUCUGGGUAAAAAAGUGUAAUGUUGCAGCUGACAAUUUGUUUAGUCAAACUCAAGGCCAAAUCCAGUCUACCAUAGCUUUUUAUGUGGCUUUCUUGACUCCAAAUUGCAUAAAUCAGUCCAGUUUUUCACAAAAAUUUAUCCAAAAUCAGAAGAUCCCCUCAUUUGUUUGUGCUAAUGGAUAACUCUGAGUUGAUUGCAAAUUUUACACAAAAAUGUUCAAAAACAUUGGGUUCAAGUGAUACUAACUUCCACCUGCAGGUGGCAGUAUUUCUUACUUUUGAGGUUCCUGCCUCAGCUCUACUAGAUAUCACCUUAUAGUCCAUAAUUGAUAUGGCAAAUAAGAAAAAGUCACAUUUGACAUCAUAUGGUGCAAAAUUCCUCGCAGAUAUUUUUAAAUUAGCAUCACAAAACCUGUAAUUUUUAUUGCAAAAAAAAAAAAAUUCAAACAAUGAAAUACUAGAAGAGCUGUUCAAUGUGAAAAGACAUAAAAUAUUAUUUAAGUUUAACAAGUACUUUUGGAAUGCAGAGACAUAUAUUUAUUAAUAUUUGAACAGUUUGUUUUAUCAAAACGUUCUGGCACAAUCUGCCUUUUGAGGACAUUCGUGAUCUUGAUAUGGCCCAAAAUGAAAAUAAGUUUGACCCCCCUGAGCUUGAAGAAUCACAUCAACUAUGUUUUGUUCCAGUCACUUCUGAAAAAAGUAUAUAGUCUUCCUGCUUCCCUUUUUGUAGGAAAUCAAGCUUCAUAUAAUCUUUGAUCCUGAAAAGUUGAAAUGAGAUUGAUCCUGGAUUUUGGCUCAUCCUGACAAAAAAUUAUGCACCAUCACUAUGUCUUGUUAUGUACAAUGUCUAGCAAACCAAAGCUUUGACUUAAGGUUAUGAUAAUUAAGAUAAAUUAUAAAAAUGUACAUAAAUAUGACAUCACCUGAAGCAGUGACCGUUUACUACAAUGAGAACAUGACCUACCUAAAGGCUGUGUCCUGUCACUUGACUUCUUUUCCUCCAUCCUCCGUAGUAUUUUCUCAUAGUGUUUUUUGCCCUACACUUUAAUCCAACUGUGUUUGUUUCAUGUGAAAUUUUAAUCAAAGUGCUAAACCAGCUGCUCCUCAGGUGCCACUGAGUACAGCUGGUGGAUCUUACAUCUCCUUAGAGUUGUUUUUAUUUUUUACAAGAUGCAGAAGCAAUUCAGCUUUUAUAUCUUAAAUCUUCAAGUUCCUAGUUGUAUUCUUGGCUGUUUUUGGAGGAGACAGUGCUUCUCUGCUGCUCCAUUUGCCUUGUAGCUGACUGCCCCCUGGUGGUGAUUUUGUACUGGGCAUUUACUCUCAUUUCACUUAUGAAGUAGAUGCAAAUACUACCUAUAUCCAGCAACACCUUAACCAGCUGUAGUGGUCCUUUUCUAUUGACAAGACUUGUGUCACUUAUGUCUUCCUAGUGCUUCAUGUUCAGUGUUGGACGCACAAGUCUUCACGUCGUAAUGGAAAGAGUUCAAAGCCAUUACUUUAUUAUAGUGAGACCAAACACUGUCUCUGUGAUGCAAGUGUCAGUGCCAAGAUUUUACACUGGGCUGCUAUGAAGCUUGGUUGUUUGUAGCUUUGGAAUACGUUGGCCAUGCUACUCCAGCCGUGGAACUACUUCUGUGUCAGACCAACCCUUUUUGUAAAGCUCCUUUUUUUAAAAGUACAAUAUGUGUAUUGCUCUUUUGAACUGGGACUUGAAAUGAAAAACUCCAAAAUGGAGUCAAUUUUAAUGUUAAAGCCAGUGUUUUGUAUGAAAACAUUUUGCUUUUGGAAUGAAGCUCUUUUUUUUGUAUGAUUAAAGAAAAAAAAAAAGAUCAAUGAUUACCUUUGUGGAUAUUUAUGGAUAUUGUGAUUUAAUUGCCUUCCAACUGUAAAAAUGUGAAAUAUGACAUAGUAUAUUUUUAUAAUAUGUCAGCUGCAAUGGCUGAAGGAAAAAAAAGUCAUUUUGUUUUCUUGUGUGGUGCAGUAUCAGUAUUUCAUGUAUUUAGCAACCCUCUGGACUGACUUUUAAUAAACAGUGUUACUUCUUUUUCAACAUUG